UCCUCAAAAUCACCGUGGGGUGCAUUGCGCGGACUCGAAACAUUUUCGCAGCUGGUCUACUACUUCGUCAACGAAACUUACAUCCGAGACUUUCCGAGAUUCAAAUUCAGGGGUAUCCUCCUCGACACGGCUCGCCAUUUCCUCCCCAUGAAAACACUCAAGCAGAAUCUGGACGCUAUGGCACAGAAUAAAUUCAACGUUUUCCACUGGCACAUCGUCGACGACCAGUCGUGGCCGCUUCAGAUGGAGCAUUUCCCGAACCUCACAGAUGCCGCCUACCAUCCGCGCCUUGUGUACAGUCAACGAGAUGUUGCGGAAUUAGUCCAGUAUGCGCGUUUGCGAGGAAUCAGGGUCAUACCGGAGAUUGAUUCACCCGGACACUCUCAAGCCUUGGGAAAAGUUUUUCCGAACAUUCUCACUCCGUGCUACGGGACUGGAGGCCGGGGCAGCGCCGACUACCCGAGAUUCGCAGCCUACGAGAUGUUGAACCCGAUGAACGACUACACAUAUGACGUGAUGCGAGAAAUCAUUAGAGAAGUGAAUCGGGUUUUUCCGGAUGACUAUAUUCAUCUUGGGAUGGAUGAAGUUUACUACGACUGCUGGCGGUCGAGCCCGGAGAUCAAGGAUUUCAUGAGGAAACGGAACAUGAGUUCUGUCUCCCAGGUGGAACAGCACUACGUCAAGCGCACUCUGGAUAAUGUAAAGAAGCUCGGAGCCAAGUAUAUGAUAUGGCAAGACCCGAUAGACAACGGCGUUGAGGCUGCUCCCGACACCGUGGUCGGUGUGUGGAAAUCCGGAUAUGCCUACAGCUGGCAAGAAUACUUGAUAACAGCUGCUCGAAACGGUUAUAAGAUCGUGCUUUCAGCUCCGUGGUACCUGAAUUAUAUCAGCUACGGUCAAGAUUGGGAAAAGUACUACACGGUAGAACCGUUGGACUUCCCUGCGUCGGCGAAAGAUAAAGAAUUGGUGAUCGGUGGUGAAGCCUGUAUGUGGGGAGAAUACGUGGACGGAACGAAUGCUAUCUCAAGACUAUGGCCGAGAGCUUCAGCCGUGGGAGAGCGACUGUGGUCUGCCCGGAACGUCAAAGACGUUGAAGAAGCGAAAUACAGAUUGGAUGAGCACAGAUGUCGGAUGCUGCGCCGAAACCUUCCAGUCCAACCAAUUCUCAAUGGUUACUGCGGCGGGUAUGAUGCCGAUGCAUAGCCGCUCCAGUCGUUCGAACCUCGAUGAAAAUGGACUCUACCUCAUCAAUCCCACCACCUACGGCGGAAUCCCAAAACACGUUCUCUUGAAGAUGAAUGGUCUCCGACCUCUUAGCCGGAAGUCGACGUUGAUUUCGGGCGAACGUUGAUGGAAUUGGGAUCUUCGAUGAGGAUCCCCUCUCUCGAUCAUC